AUGCGGGCUACGUGCCAUUGCCCUGGGCAUGCAGGACACGAGGGAGUUCUGUGCAAGCGGGAAGUUUGUGGGGGCAAGUGGGAUGUUGUUGCCGCAGGCAACCAGCCUAUAAAAGACCCCCACCCCAGACCCCUGUGUGCCGUUCUUGGCGCCAGCCUAGCGGUGGCAGUGGAAGCAGGAGACUGCUGUCGUGCCGCUGAAUCUCAGACCAUAGAAUGUCUCCAAACCCUGGUUCAAACCCUGCAGGGACAAGUUGGUGAAUUAAAAAAACAAUUGGAAGAGGAAAAGGACCAGGUUAAAAUUUUACGAGCUGCUCUGAAGGAGCAACUCCUUGUGAAUGCCGUCCAUGAGGAGGCACCCCCCCAAACUAUUUACCCUAUUAAUUAUCUGCAGGCAGCGAGAAAAAAAUCAGAGAGAUCAGAACCACCCUCACUGCGACCCUUAGUUAAAACCGAAUACAGUUAUGAAGAUGAGCAGGACCAUUUUCCCCAAGUUACAACUAAAGAAAUCCCCUACACUGCCACUGAAUUGGCAAAAUUGAAAAAGGAUUUUGGCCGAACCCAGACUGACUAUGUGUGGAGAGUGUCACUAUCAGGAGGGGAUCAGAUUUUGCUCAGUGAAAGGGAGGCAGAAGGAUAUUGGGGGCCAGGAGUAUUUUUAACUACUGGAUACCACCGAGCCCCCUGGUCUCUAACCCAGCGAGCAGCUUAGUGGGCAGGAGGGUCGAACCCCCUGGAAAGGGGGGAUCCUCUCGCAAUUACAGGAACCUUUAAUCAGUUGGUGGAAAGUGUGCAGAAAGCAUCUUGCCUACAAAUGAUGUACGAUCAGAAAUUAGAACCUAGGCAGGAAUCCCCGAUGCUGAUGCCGGUGGAUCCCGAGCGAAUGACUCCCCUUAUAAGGGGACUUCCCAGCUCUUUAAAACCAAUUGGGAUUCAAAUACAGGGGAAAAUACAGGCAACUUUAGAGGGAUUUGCUCCCAAUUGGCCUUGCCGACCCCCAGAUAGGAAAGUGUGGACUUGGGGUGAAGUAGCCCAAGAGUUAAUCAAUUAUGGGCACAAAUAUGGCCCUGUUGGCCCUCCAACUACCAGAAAUCUAAGGUGGAUGGAAGUUAAAACAGUCCCACACUCCAGAGGCGCAAAAAAGCCACCCCUCAUAAAACCAUCUGGGAGGAGGGACUUCCCAAACAAGUGCAAUAGCUUGUGGGCAAAGGGCUGGCAAAAGGGGAUCCCAUGUGACCUAAUGGACGGGCUGCCAACAGACAAGUUAGAGAGGCUGGUGAUGGGGUGUCCUGAUAAAACAGUAAAGAGGGAAGCGGUCUUUCAAGGUGCCAUUACCCCUAGUGCACUUUCUGAGAUUGAUUCUUUAGGAAUAAAUGUCUCCCGAGAGUCAGCGGGGAACUAG